UGGUGCACUUACCACACGAAGUCCUUGGUGGAAAAAGCGUGCACCAAUACUCUGAAGGCCUUAAAUUUGGAUUACCUGGACCUCUACCUCAUCCAUUGGCCCAUGGGUUUCAAGCCUGGAGACAAAGACCUACCUUUGGACUGCAAUGGCAUGGUCAUACCCAGCAGCACAGACUUCCUGGACACCUGGGAGGCCAUGGAGGACCUGGUGAUUUCAGGGAUGGUGAAGUACAUCGGGGUGUCAAACUUCAAUCACAAGCAGCUUGAGAGACUUUUGAAUAAGCCUGGUCUGAGGUUCAAGCCAGUAACUAACCAGAUUGAAUGCCAUCCAUAUCUUACCCAGAAGAAUCUGAUUGAUUUUUGCCGAAAACAUGAUGUGUCUGUGACGGCUUACCGUCCUCUCGGUGGCUCAAGUGAGGGAGUCGACUUGAUGGACAAUCCUGUCAUUCAGGAGAUUGCAAAGAAGCAUGGGAAGUCUCCUGCUCAGAUUUUGAUCCUAUUUCAGAUCCAAAGGAAUGUGAUAGUAAUUCCCAAAUCUGUCACCCCAAGUCGGAUUCGAGAGAAUUUCGAGCUGACAUCUAUUCUACGUGGUGUUGGUGACCAGCCUCUCAUGUGGAGACACAGGACAGGCUCUUUCCAUCCCAGGGCUACCCUCUCCCCCGGGCCUGGAUGUCUUCUCCAUUUAACACAAGAGGGGCAUGGAGGUAUUUGAUUUUGAAUUAACAGA